AGCAUGAUAGACAUCGGUUGAGCCAAAAUGGCGCUCGUGAUCCUUCAGUGUGAAGUGGGUUAGCAUGAAACCGGGCCAAUUAAACCUCUCAUGACCCGGUUCGGUGUUCAUCAGUAGGAUUAAUUACGUUGAUCUGUAAGAAGAGACGCUGUGAAGACGCGUUUAAAUGCGGUAAGAUGGCAGGACGCAGAGUCGAGUGCUUAUGGAAACGUCAUGUCGUAGAGCAGCUGAAGCAAAGAGACAGAGUUCAGCGGCAAGCCUUCGAAGAGAUUAUACAUCAAUAUAACCGUUUGUUGGAGAAGUCAGAUUUUCAGGCUGUCCUCUCUGAACGUCUCCAGACAGACAAAUAUGAACAGCACAACAGACAUGAUCUCAGUCCGGGGGCUGAUGGUGGUCGCAGUGAUGCUCUGCAGCAGGAAAUGGCUCAGAUGAGAAUCAGACAUCAAGAGGAACUAACGGAGUUACACAAGAAACGUGGAGAGUUGGCCCAGAAUGUCAUUGAACUAAAUAACCAGAUUCAGCAGAAAGAUAAGGAGAUUCAGAGUAAUGAAGCCAAGAUGUUGGAGUACCAGCAGCAGAUCGCUCAUUUGGAAGGCGAGUGUUGUGAAUUGCGUAAUUCUCUCACUGAUCUGGAACGAGCCAAUCAGACGCUGCGAGACGAAUAUGACGCCCUGCAGAUCACUUUCAGUGCUCUGGAGGAGAAACUACGGAAAACAACGGAGGACAAUCAGGAGCUGGUGACGCGCUGGAUGGCUGAGAAAUCUCAGGAGGCAAACAGACUCAAUGCAGAAAACGAGAAAGACACAAGGCGCAGACAGGCCAAACUUCAGAAGGACUUAGCAGACGCAGCAAAGGAGCCGCUUCCCAUAGAGCAAGAUGAUGACAUCGAAGUGCUCUCAGAGGAGGCUCCUAAGGAAACAGGUGAUACGUCACCGAGCAGACAGAUUAGUCGCACUCCCAGUAAACGGACGUCUCAGCCUCUUCCUGCCGGACUGCUGGACUCAAUCAGUAAUAUAUUUGGCCUGUCUGAUUCUGUUCACACUGGUUUCGUCCCGUCUGAGUCCAGAAGACGUCGUUCCGUGAAUUCAUUUGGGACGUCUCCCGAGGCAGCCGAAGCACCGUCGACGUGCCCCGAAGUCCGUGUGCCCUCCACCGCCCUGCACAUCUUUGAUGCUCAUGACGGCGAAGUAAACGCCGUGAGGUUCAGUCCUGGAUCUCGACUGCUCGCCACAGGAGGAAUGGACCGCAGAGUCAAACUUUGGGAGGUCAUAUCAGGACACUGUGAACCCAAAGGUGCUCUGACCGGCAGCAACGCAGGAAUCACCAGUAUAGAGUUUGACAGUGCGGGUACGUAUCUACUGGCAGCAUCGAAUGAUUUUGCCAGCAGAAUCUGGACUGUCGAUGACUACAGACUGCGGCACACGCUCACAGGACACAGUGGAAAGGUUUUGUCUGCACGUUUUCUUCUCGACAACACCCGAAUCGUCUCCGGCAGUUACGAUCGGACACUGAAGCUCUGGGACUUGCGCAGUAAAGUCUGUAUGAAGACGGUGUUUGCCGGCUCCAGCUGUAAUGAUAUCGCCUGCACAGAUCAGUGCGUCAUGAGUGGACACUUCGAUAAGAAAAUUCGUUUCUGGGACAUCAGGUCGGAGAGUAUCGUGCGUGAGCUGGAGCUGCUGGGCCGCGUGACGUCUUUAGACCUGAAUCACGACCGCACCGAUCUUCUCACCUGUUCCCGCGAUGACCUGGUGAAAAUAAUCGAUCUGCGCGGUAAUGCUGUACGACAGACGUUUAGUGCUCCAAGUUUUAAGUGUGGAACUGACUUUACCAGAGUAACUUUUAGCCCUGAUGGCAGUUAUAUAGCAGCGGGGUCGGUAGAAGGAGUUCUGCACAUUUGGAACGUCCUAACAGGAAAACUUGAGAAAACUCUUGAUAAAGGUCACAGUACUGCCAUAAAUUCGGUCUCCUGGUCUCCGUCGGGAGCGUACGUGGCCAGCGUUGAGAAAGGCAGCAAGGGUGUGCUUUGGUCUGAUAUGUGAACGGCUGAUCUCUUCCCUGACUCUGCGGUGAUUGGUUGAACACUUCCUUCUUGUGAUUGGAUGAAGCAGACUGCAUAGAGAGUGCAUGAGAGAAAGUGAGCGUCUUCACCUCCCACCGGCCUCUUGAACUACAUUUCCCAGAAUGCCAUUUGUUCACAGACCCAUUAUUAUGUGCUGCUCUUCUGUAUUAAUGGAUAGCACUGCAUACAUUGUAUAAAAAUGCAGCGUUUCUGCACCGUUGGUUUUCACAGACGUACUCCACGUGAGGCAUAGAAGGUUAUUUUAACAUUGAUUUAAAUGAGAUGCGUUUGUAUGCGUUAACUGUGGGCAUGGAUGCUUUGCCUUACAGAUACAAGCCAUUGAGCGUUUGUGUGCGUGCGUGUGUUUGACUCUGACUCCAGUGGAUCUUCAUUACUUCAUUCUGCAGUUCUUGAGGUGUUUCAUAGAUGGUGCUGUUUCCUCAUUGGCUGAAAAUUAAUGCCUGGAAUUAAAACAUCUGGCUCAUAUUUAUUCAAAAGAAAAACAUUAUAGAAAUCAUAUACUCCAUAAAGAGUAAAUUAAAAAAGAUUAUGUGUUAUUAAAAAAAUUAAAUGUAUUUAUGCAUCAUGAAUUUGACAAAAAAUCUUUGUAUACUGUGAAACAGUAAAACAUUGUGUUGUACUAACGGGAAUAUUAUAAAAACCAUGAGAAAAUAAUAAAAAUUACAAAAACUUAGAAUAUUAAAUAAUAAUGUAGUGGAAAAUAUUUUUAAUUUUUCUAAAAUAAAUAACUAUGCAUGAAAUCAUAACUCUCCUAAAACGAGUUUCAUUUACAUUCAAUAUAUUUAAAUGUUCAGGUAAAAAUAACCUGAUGUCUUAAUAUUCACCUUGAUUGACUGCAGAAUGAUAAUUUUCAAACUUUUUUUAUUUUUUUCAAUUCAUCUUUCUUUUCCUCUGGGAUCCUGGAUGAGCGUGUGAGUGUGGUGAACGGGUGAUGUGCGUGUUUUAAGAAAAACCUUUUUGUAUUUUUUAUCUCUUCUGCCUCAUCUAACACACAAGCUUAUAUGCUAACAGAGUUUUCAUUGAGUUUGAUGUGAGCAUUAAACUCUGCAUCACAACUUAAAAAUUCCGUCGAGCGGUUUCCACACUGCAAAAAAAAUGAUUUUCAAGAAAAAAAAUUCUUAGUAUUUUUGUCUGGUUUUCAGUAAAAAUAUCUAAAAAUUCUUAAAUUAAGAUGCUUUUUCUUGAUGAGCAAAACGACCCAAGAAAAUAAGUCUAGUUUUUAGACCGAAAAUAUUAAAUUUAAGUGAUUUUGUGCAUAAAACAAGCAAAAAUAUCUGCCAAUGGGGUAAGCAAAAAAUUCUUGAACAUUUUUCUUAAACAUUAAAUUCAAGAAAAAUUUGCUUACCCCAUUGGAAGAUUUUUUUAAAGUCCCUUAAAUUUAAUAUUUUUGGUCUAAAAUCUAGACUUAUUUUCUUAGAUAUUUUUACUGAAAACAAGAAAAAAAUACUACGAAUUUUUUCCUUGAAAAUAAUUUUUUGCAGUGUUCAUUAGUUAUUUAUCUUGACUUUUUUUUCAAACCGGCAAAAUUUGCACUUAAAAUGGCAAAAACUCUAAUGCACCUUCAUGCGGACAUGGAGAGAUCUCUAUACCAGAUAUUCUUGUGUUCACGUUGGCUGCCUCGGCUGUCGUCUUCAUUUUUGUCAAGGCACCAAACAAGAUUUCAGAUGGUGGGUGGAGGGGACGGCACACUUUUUGGAUUACUGUAAUGCUUCAUGUAAUUGUGGCUUGAGUUUAGCCCCGCCAUCUAAAUUAUAAUUUGGGCGGAGCCAAAUACGAGUGGACACUGUAUUCUAUUCGCUGAACGGAUUGUGGGAGUGUCGCUGAUGUAUAUUAAAGUCUCUGUAUAUGUUUGCUUCCCCAUAAACGUGUAAAACACAA